GAGUGUGCAAGGCUUGUGCGUAUGGUGCACUAAAUGAGGGUCUGGGACCUAUAAAAACACUGCCGGGGGUCCUGUCCCCGACAUUGAUUAUACAGGAUCUGUCCCACCUCAGUACAUCUUGAGUGAAAACACGGUGGAAACAGCAACCAUGAAUACCCAACAGAUGGAGCAGAUGGGACAGUUCAGAAUCACUGUCUGGGAGGAGGAGAACUUCCAGGGCAAGCGUUGUGAGUUCAUGCUGGAGUGCCAGAACAUCAUGGAGAGGGGUUUCUGCAAGAUCCGCUCCAUCAAGGUCGAGAAUGGACCCUGGGUGGGUUAUGAGUACCCUGAGUUCCAGGGCCAGCAGUUCAUCCUGGAGAAGGGAGAUUAUCCCCGCUAUGAGGCCUGGAGCGGCAACAGCAGCUACAGAACCGAGCACAUGCUCUCCUUCAGACCUAUCAAGUGCGCUAACCAUAGUGACAGCAAGGUGACCCUGUACGAGUGUGAAGACUUCAUGGGCCGCAAGUUCGAGAUGUGCGAUGACUACCCUUCCCUACAGGCCAUGGGCUGGUGCAGCAAGGAGGUCCCCUCAAUCAAAAUCAACUCUGGAGCUUGGGUGGCCUACCAGUUCCCCGGCUACCGUGGCUACCAGUACAUCCUGGAGAGAGACAGACGCCAAGGAGAGUUCAGACACUACAACGAGUACAGCACCCAGGCUCACACUAACCAGGUCCAGUCUAUGCGCAGAAUUCAGCACUAAGUCCCCGACACUUCAUCCUCCAACGGCUACUAUGUACCGACCAUGCUAUGACAUGUAUUGAAAUAGGCAAUAAAAGCUUUAUUCAAACUAUGGAAA